GCCUGGGACGGCCGCAGCGUAGGAGGCCACCCGGGCGACUGACCUGCCCGAGCAGCCAGCAGAGAGGAGGGGACGCUCAGAGUCAUGGAACAGGAGGCCAGCCUCGUCGACGUGGUCAUGGAGGUGGUAACGGGCUACGACAUGGACAACAUGACCAACAGCACGGCGGCGCCUCUACCGGAGGAUCGGGCCGACAUGAGCUGGGACGACGCCACCUGGAUCAUGACGGCCUCCUUCAUCAUCUUCACCAUGCAGUCAGGGUUUGGCCUGCUCGAGUCCGGCUGCGUCUCGCUCAAGAACGAGGUGAACAUCAUGGUGAAGAAUGCGGUGGACGUGAUCCUGGGCGGCCUCUCCUACUGGGUGUUCGGCUACGGGCUCAGCUUCGGCACCGCCUACUCCAACAUCUUCUUCGCCGCCGGCGACUUCGCCGUCUCAGCUCCGGAACAAGACAUGGGACCACUGUUCGCGACAUACAUUUUCCAACUGUCUUUUGCUACGACAGCGACGACCAUCGUUUCCGGUGCCAUCGCGGAGAGGUUCAAUUUCAUGGCCUACUGCAUGUUCUCGUUCAUCAACACGGUGGUGUACUGCAUCCCGGCCGGCUGGCUGUGGGGAGAGCACGGCUUCCUCUACAAGAUGGGCGCCAUCGACAUCGCCGGCUCGGCCGGGGUGCACCUGGUGGGCGGUGUCUCAGGUCUAGUGGCGUGCAUCAUGGUGGGUCCGCGGCUGGGCCGAUACGACCAUGGGCACGAGCCGUUCCCUAUGGGCAGCCCCACCAACGCCAUGCUCGGCAUGUUCAUGCUCUGGUGGGGCUGGCUGGGCUUCAACUGCGGCAGCACGUUCGGCGUGCGCGGCCACAAGUGGAAGUACGCCGCCCGCUCGGCCGUCACCACCAUCAACGCUUCACUGGGCGGCGGUCUGUUUGGCUGUGCCUUCAGCCUCAUCACCACCAAGAAGCUGAUGAUCGGCGACCUCAUCAACAGCGUGCUCGGAGGCCUGGUGGCCGUCACAGCGGGCUGCGCGCUGUACCACACCUGGGAGGCGGUGGUGGUCGGCAUCGUGGGCGGCAUGCUGGCCGUCGUCACCAUGCCGCUGGUGGACCGCCUGAAGAUCGACGACCCGGUGGGCGCCGUCUCGGUGCACGGCGUCGGCGGCCUCUGGGGCGUGCUCGCCAUCGGCCUGUUCGUCGACGCCGACAGCCUCGAGAAGAUCACCAACGGACGCGCCGGACUCUUCAAAGGCGGCGGUUGGCACCUGCUCGGUGUCCAGACACUGUGCUGUGUCUGCAUCAUCAUCUGGUCGGCGGUCGUCACGUUCAUCCUGCUCUUCCUCAUCAACAAGGUGAAGCCGAUCCGGAUGAGCGCGCACGAGGAGCUGCUGGGCGCCGACCUGGUGGAGCACGGUAUCCGGCACCAGGGCCUGGGCCUGUCGCGCACCGUGUCGGCGCUGCGCCGCCACUCGCAGAUCGACCCCAAGCUGGUCACCGAGCUGCCGCCAGAGGUCGGCUCUAACCUCGGUCACAUGUCAAUGCUGAAGAAGCUGCGCCAGCGGCUGUCGCAGAGCCAGCGGUCGGUGGUUGAGGUGACGCCCAUUACGCCGGCACCUCGCAGCGCGUACGGAGCUCGAGACAGCUCGGCAGGUUUGCCAACGAAGGAGCUGAUCAACGAAACAUCGCCGAAAGCUUCGAAAGAGCGGCCUAAGAAGAGCAGCGCAGUCGCUUGGAUCAACUUUGACGAACACUUGGAUGGCAUGCAACCAUAGUUUUAAAGACCGGUGCAAUCAAAUGUGGAGUGUAAUAAAUGUGGUGAUCCAACGCUUUUAACAUGUCCAUUGUCCGUGUGGUCUCUGUCAGCCUGACUCUCUGUCUCUCUCCCUGUCUCCUUGUCUGUCUUGUCUCCGUGUGUGUCUGUGUGUCUGUCUGUCUGUCUCUCUCUCUCUCUCCCUCUCUCUC